AUGGAGAGCUGUUUGUUCAUCCUCAUGCUCUCAUCCCUGCUCAUGUCCACCACAGCCAACAGUGAUGUGAAGCUGGUGAACGGUGACAGUCCCUGUGCUGGGAGAGUGGAGGUUCUUCAUGAAGGACAGUGGGGAACUGUAUGUGGACGUGGCUGGGAUAUAAAUGAUGCGUCAGUGGUGUGUAGACAGGUGUUCUGUGGAGAUGCUGUAGCAGCACCGCAAUACGGAUACUUUGGAGCAGGAGAAGGGAAGAUCUGGAUGAAUUAUGUCUCCUGCAAGGGGUCAGAGAAAACACUGAAGAUCUGUGGACAUAAAGGAUGGGGUAAACAUAACUGUAAUCAUUUUCAUGAUGCCUCAGUCAUCUGCUCAGAUGUGCGACUGGUACAGGGUACACACCUGUGUUCGGGACGAGUGGAGAUCCAGCAUGGAACUACCUGGGGUUCAGUGUGUGACGCUGACUUUGACCUGCAGGAUGCCGAAGUUGUGUGUCGGCAGCUGGGCUGCGGGAUCCCUGCGAAGGUGCUGGGAGGGUCUGCCUUUGGGAAGGGGGGAUACCAAAUGUGGACAGAGGAGAUUCGGUGUACAGGGAACGAGUCAAAUGUUUACUCCUGUCCGAAAUCAUCCACAAAGAAGCAGAACUGCUCACAUGAUGACAGCGUGGGACUUGUGUGUUCUGGGUACACAAACGGCAGACUGGCGGAUGGCCUGGACCGCUGCUCCGGGAGAGUGGAGUUACAGUACCUCACUGAGUGGGGCACAGUGUGUGAUGCAUCCUGGGAUCUGAGAGCAGCCAAUGUCCUCUGUCAGCAGCUGGGCUGUGGGAGCGCUGUGGCAGUGCCAGGACAGGCCUGGUUUGGAAAGGGCAGCGGCCCCAUCUGGACUGAUGUGUUUGAGUGUCAGGGAAAGGAGACACACCUGUCCCAGUGUGCUGUUUCUUCAUGGAACCGAGUUUCAUGCUCUCAUGAACACGAUGCGGGAGUCAUCUGUACUGGAUCAUCUCUCUCCAGCCUCGAUGGGAUGGUCAGACUGUCUGGAGAAAGUGGCUGUGAGGGUCAGUUGGAGGUUCACUACCAGCACAUGUGGAGCAAAGUUCUCCUGGACUCCUGGAGCAUCAGGGAAGCUUCUGUGGCCUGCAGACAGCUGGGCUGUGGUUCUGCAGUGAGGAUCUACAACUUUUCCAUGUCUGGGACAGGGGACACUGAUGUGUGUCUCACAGGGUAUCAAUGCUCUGGGACUGAGUCUCACCUGCUCAACUGCAGUGCUCCACACACAUUCAGCUGCAGUUCCAGCCCAUAUGUGUCUAUAGUGUGUUCUAAACACAGGUCCCUGAGGCUGGUGGGUGAUGAGGGUGGCUGUGCAGGGAGGCUGGAGGUGUUCCACCAGGGCUCCUGGGGGACAGUGUGUGAUGACUCCUGGGACCUGAAUGAUGCUCAGGUGGUGUGCAGGCAGCUCCAGUGUGGGACGGCUCUCAACUCCACCUCUUUUGGUGCAGGAAAUGGAUCCACCUGGCUAGAUGAGGUGGGCUGUGUGGGAAAUGAGUUGUCCCUGUGGGACUGUCCCUCUUCACAGUGGGGACAACAUGACUGUGGACAUGAGAAGGAUGUAGGCGUUGUGUGCUCAGAAUUCAAAGAUCUGAGACUGGCUGAAGGUUGCUCUGGGCAGGUGGAGGUUUAUUACAAUGACACCUGGGGAAACGUGUGUUUCAAUCAGAUGGACGCAAACACUGUGAGUCUCAUAUGUCAGCAGCUCAACUGUGGGAAGAGUGGAACUGUUUCAAGUGCAGGAUCUCGACUGAAAGGAGCUCCAAACUGGCUGGAUAUUGUCAAAUGUCGCCCACAUGACUCCACACUGCGGCAGUGUCCAUCCUCUCCCUGGGGACACAACACAUGUGGCGAUAAUGACAUCGCCAGUAUUACCUGUGAAAGCAGUGAUGUGAGGCUGGUGAACGGGAACAGUCGCUGUGCUGGGAGAGUGGAGAUUCUUCAUCAAGGACAGUGGGGAACUGCGUGUAGCCAAUACUGGGAUAUGACUGAUGCUGCAGUGGUGUGUAGACAGCUGGGCUGUGGAGAUGCUGUAGACGCACCUCUCAAUGCUCACUUUGGUCCAGGAACUGGGAACAUUUGGAAAGACGACACUCUCUGUGGAGGCACCGAACCAACACUGAAGGACUGUGCGUCACGUAGAUGGGGAGAACAUAACUGUGGUCAUAAUGAGGAUGCUGGGGCCAUCUGCUCAGGUCAUCAAGAUGUGCGACUGGUACAGGGUACACACCUGUGUUCAGGGAGAGUGGAGAUCCGGCAUGGAAUUACCUGGUACACAGUGUGUGAUGCUGACUUUGACCUGCAGGAUGCCGAAGUUGUGUGUCGGCAGCUGGGCUGCGGGAUCCCUGCGAAGGUGCUGGGAGGGUCUGCCUUUGGGAAGGGGGGAUACCAAAUGUGGACAGAGGAGAUUCAGUGUACAGGGAACGAGUCAAACGUUUACUCCUGUCCGAAAUCAUCCACAAAGAAACAGAAUUGCUCACAUGAUGACAGCGUGGGACUCGUGUGUUCUGGGUACACAAACGGCAGACUGGUGGACGGCCCAGACUCCUGCUCUGGGAGAGUGGAGUUACAGUACCUCACUGAGUGGGGCACAGUGUGUGAUGCAUCCUGGGAUCUGAGAGCAGCCAAUGUCCUCUGUCAGCAGCUGGGCUGUGGGAGCGCUGUGGCAGUGCCAGGACAGGCCUGGUUUGGAGAGGGCAGUGGUCCCAUCUGGGCUGAUGUGUUUGAGUGUCAGGGGAAGGAGACACACCUGUCCCAGUGUGUUGUUUCUUCAUGGAACCGAGCUCCAUGCUCUCAUGAACAUGAUGCAGGAGUCAUCUGUACUGGAUCAUCUCUCUCCAGCCUCAAUGGGACGGUCCGACUGUCUGGAGAAGGUGGCUGUGGGGGUCAGUUGGAGGUUCACUACCAGCACACCUGGAGCAGAGUUCUCCUGGACUCCUGGAGCAUCAGGGAGGCUUCUGUGGUCUGCAGACAGCUGGGCUGUGGUUCAGCAGUGAGGAUUUACAGCUCCUCCCUGUCUGGGACAGGGGACACUGAUGUGUGUCUCACAGGGUAUCAAUGCUCUGGGACUGAGUUUCACUUGGGGAACUGCAGUGCUCCACACACAUUCAACUGCAGUUCCAGCUCAUAUGUGUCCAUAGUGUGUUCCAAGCACAGGUCCCUGAGGCUGGUGGGUGAUGAGGGUGGCUGUGCAGGGAGGCUGGAGGUGUUCCACCAGGGCUCCUGGGGAACAGUGUGUGAUGACUCCUGGGACCUGAAUGAUGCUCAGGUGGUGUGCAGGCAGCUCCAGUGUGGGACGGCUCUCCGCUCUACCUCUUUUGGUCCAGGAAAUGGAUCUAUAUGGCUGGAUGAGGUUGGCUGUGUGGGGAACGAAUCAUCUCUGUGGGACUGUCCUUCUGCCCAGUGGGGAAACCAUGACUGCGUUCACAAGGAGGAUGUGGGAGUUGUGUGUUCAGAGUACAAAGAUCUGAGACUGGCUGAAGGUUGCUCUGGGCAGGUGGAGGUUUACUACAAUGGCACCUGGGGAAACGUGUGUUUCAAUCAAAUGGAGACCAAUACAGCAAGUGUAAUAUGUCAGCAACUCGACUGUGGGAAGAGCAGGACUGUUUCUAAUACAGAAUCUCGACUGAAAGGAGCUCCAAACUGGCUGGAUAUUGUCAAAUGUCGCCCACAUGACUCCACACUGUGUCAGUGUCCAUCCUCUCCCUGGGGAAAGAAUAAAUGUGAUGAUGGUGAAGUGGCCCUCAUUACCUGUGAACAAAAAAAUGUGGCUUUGAAGGGAACGGCAACUCAGUCGUCCCAAUAUGACUCUUAUGGUGCUGCUGGCAAUGCUAUUGAUGGAAACAGAAAUACAAAGUAUACAGAUGGGUCCUGCACUCACACCAAGCAGGACUCCAAACCAUGGUGGAGACUGGACCUGCAGGAUGUUUUCACUGUGACCUCAGUGACCAUCACCAACAGAGGGGACUGCUGCUCGAAGAGAAUUAAUGGAGCAGAGAUUCGUGUUGGAAACUCCCUGGAUGACAAUGGCAACCAGAAUCCCCUAUGUGCAGUGGUUCCCUCCAUCGCAGCAGGACAGUCCAGUUCCUUCCAGUGUAAUUGGACAAUGGGACGCUAUGUCAACGUGGUCCUCCCAAAACCCGGCAUCCUGACUCUGUGUGAAGUUGAAGUUAAUGGACACGAUAGCAGUGGCUACCUGCCCCUGAGACUGCAGGGGGGCAACAGGAUGUGCUCAGGGAGGGUGGAGCUGUGGUAUGAGGGCUCCUGGGGGACCAUCUGUGAUGACUUAUGGGACAUAAAUGAUGCCCAGGUGGUCUGCAGACAGCUGGGCUGUGGGGCAGCACUGAAGGCUCAUGGGAAUGCUGCCUUUGGGAGAGGAAACGGUCCAAUUUGGCUGAAUGAGGUAAAGUGCUGGGGCAGUGAGCGCCACCUGUGGGACUGUCCUCACUCUCUUCAGGACCACAGGACCUCCUGCUCUCACAAAGAGGAUGCUGGUGUUACCUGUGAAGGCAUAUCUUCUGAAUUUACGUCUACUACAGAAAUUCCAGGAACAUCCACAACUAAAACCUCAGCAAGACCAGAUGUUACCAAAGCACCACGCCAAACACCCUUGUCCAUCCCUCUUGUGGUGUUCCUGGUGCUGGGGGCUCUGCUCUUCCUACUGCUGGUGCUUCUGGCUGGACAGUUGUACCAGAACAGGGUUCUGAAGAGAGCCCUGUAUCAGGGGGGUCUCACCCCUCUGCAUGAGGCCAUUUAUGAAGAGAUAGAGUACAACUUGACCAGAGGAGAGACGUACAGAAACCCCAGAAAAGGAAGUGUCCUGUCUGAGGAUGUGCCCUCUGGGUACGAAGAUGUGGAGGACAGUGAGGGAGACCCCCUCUCAGACAGUGAUGUGAAGCUGGUGGAAGGUGACAGUCCCUGUUCUGGGAGAGUGGAGGUUCUUCAUGAAGGAGAGUGGGGAACUGUGUGUGGACGUGGCUGGAAUAAAAAGGAUGCUGCAGUGGUGUGUAGACAGCUGAGCUGUGGAGCUGUUAUACAAGCACCUCAAUACGGUCACUUUGGACCCGGAGAAGGGAAGAUCUGGAUGAAUUAUGUCUCCUGCAAGGGGUCAGAGAAAACAUUGAAGAUCUGUGGACAUAAAGGAUGGGGUAAACAUGACUGUACUCAUUCUGGUGAUGCCUCAGUCAUCUGCUCAGGUCACAGAGACGUGCGACUGGUACAGGGUACACACCUGUGUUCGGGGAGAGUGGAGAUCCAGCAUGGAAUUACCUGGUACGCAGUGUGUGAUGCUGACUUUGACCUGCAGGAUGCCGAAGUUGUGUGUCGGCAGCUGGGCUGCGGGAUCCCUGCGAAGGUGCUGGGAGGGUCUGCCUUUGGGAAGGGGGGAUACCAAAUGUGGACAGAGGAGAUUCAGUGUACAGGGAACGAGUCAAAUGUUUACUCCUGUCUGAAAUCAUCCACAAAGAAGCAGAACUGCUCACAUGAUGACAGCGUGGGACUUGUGUGUUCUGGGUACACAAACGGCAGACUGGUGGAGGGCCCAGACUCCUGCUCCGGGAGGGUGGAGUUACAGUACCUCACUGAGUGGGGCACAGUGUGUGAUGCAUCCUGGGAUCUGAGAGCAGCCAAUGUCCUCUGUCAGCAGCUGGGCUGUGGCAGCGCUGUGGCAGUGCCAGGACAGGCCUGGUUUGGAGAGGGCAAGGGUUCCGUCUGGGCUGAUGUGUUUGAGUGUCAGGGGAAGGAGACACACCUGUCCCAGUGUGCUGUUUCUUCAUGGAACCGAGCCGUGUGCCCUCAUGGACAUGAUGCAGGAGUCAUUUGUAAUGGAUCAUCUCUCUCCAACCUCGAUGGGAUGGUUUGA